CCGACGGAGCUGAACUAUCCUCUACCGACACAUUGCUGCUGCCACUUGACGUCGGGCUGCCCCCCCCCUCGUCGUCGUCGUCGCAGCUCCCCGACUCGGUCCAAUUUUUUGUGGGGCGUCGCCACGUCGCUUGUCGUUGAGAACCUCUGCUAAGGCCGCCUGACGAGCUUGCCGAUCAGCGUCGUCCGAGAAGCCCGGCAUCAUCACAGCGCCAGGUGGAUCCCCUGUUGUAUACCAGUAUGGGGGCUAACCCUGCUGUGAACGGCCUGGCGGGCCAUGCCGCUCGGUGCCCGCUGUGCCGCGCCAGCAGGCGCGGUCUGGGCGACCCCAUGCCCAGCAGCAGCACCACUUUCACCUGCAUCCUGCAGUCUCAGAGGCAACGAUUUCGCUCUAGAUGGCCUGCCUGCCGCUGCUACGGCGUUGUUGUUCAUGGUGUGGGUUUAUCGCGUCUGCUGUGGUAUGCCUCGGGCCUCUCGCCUGGUCGUGACCGGUGUGUGUACGUCGGCAUCGACGCUUUCCGGGAUUUUGAAAAAAAGGCGCGCCUCUGCCGAUUAGAACCAAUGGAAAACCCGGAGGAACCGGUUCCGUGUUAUAAAUUACGAAUCGGUGAAAAAAGAACGAACGGAUCGAUAAGAACCACCCUAGUUCUAGUACGUAACGGGCCCUCGUAGUGCCGGUAUGGACCAGACCAGCAAAACUCAGUCGGUGCCCGCCCGAAGCACCGGGACUUUUCCGUCGGCACUUAUACUUUGUAUUCGACCGGCAGACUCAAAGCCUGUGUAAAAAAAAUAAUUCCACCGCACCUGGGGUGGUGGUGAAACUUGAGUCAUAAUGUAAGUUACCUAUACAGAUAGAAGAUGUUGCUGUACUUAGCACCAGUUGGUAUUACUAAUAUAAAUCAUCACUACCUAUACAGAUAGAUGUUGCUGUAAUCAGCACUAGUUGGUAUCACUGAUAUAAAUCAUCAGUGAAUAGGUUAACAUACUCGAAAGUCGCCCAGUAACCAGCCGUUUUUUUCCCCACUCACUGAAAAGACUCCACCACAUCCCGUUUGACUGUGGGUAGACUAUAUUUCGCAUGGGUAGUUUCCAGUGUGUGUAUCUAUUGUUCCUACAACUCAGGACUUCUUCCCGAGAGGCCGAUUGACCUGGCCACGUUGAGUAGGCACAUACUGCAUAACGUGCUUCUCCCACCAGGUGUUUUCAUUUCUGCUUAGAACUCAAGACAUCUCGCGCAGUUCUGUCUCGUGGUAGGUGUCAGGGAACCCCUUUACCCCACGAGGUGGACAUACAUGUGGCGGCCCACCUAGAAACAGACUUACGGGAAAAAUGGGAACGUAUCCAAAAAUGAGAAUAGGCCUUUGUUUUUAGAAAGCAAACCACGCCUUUGCAACUCCCCCCAAAAAAGUUGACAGUGCUGUAGGUCUUUACAGCAGCUUUCGAAUGAGCUGUUGCUCAAGCUGUAUGUCCUCGGCAUCGCCGAGGUAGCCAGCAUCGCGAGAAAUCAGGUCGAAACCAGCACGAAUCGCUUUUUGCGCCCGUGAG